AUGGCCAUCCUCACUGAAUUACCAGAAGAACAAGAAGCGGCAGUAACAUAUGAUGUUUUCCUGAGUUUCAGAGGGAAAGACACUCGACUAGGUUUUAUGGAUCAUCUCUACCAAGCUUUGGUGAACGAAAACAUCUCUACCUUUCUUGAUGAGGAAGAGGUUGAAACUGGGGAAGAACUUAAACCCGAGCUUGCAAGAGCUAUAAAAAGCUCUCGUGCUUCGAUAAUCGUCUUGUCUAAGAACUACGCAUCUUCAACAUGGUGUCUGGAUGAGCUGGUGAUGAUCCUUGAGCAACGAAGGGUCUCUGACCAUUUUGUUCUCCCCAUUUUUUACAGCGUCGAGCCGACAAAUAUCAGGAAGCAUGAAAGCACUUUUGGAGAAGCGUUAUUUGAACACAAACAGAGGAUUGAGUCCGAAAAGGAUGUGGAGAAGAAAACUCAAGGUGCUCGUAAGUUGGAGAUGUGGACGAAAGGACUUACAGAGAUUGCUGAUUUGAAAGGAAAAGAUGCAACUGGAAGAAGAGAAACGGUGGUGAUUGAAGAAGUCGUGAAAGAAAUUAGUACUAGACUGGAACUACACUUGCAAAGGAGAAUGAGAAUCCCACACCUAAUUGGGAUGGACAAUUCUAUUAAUUCCAUCAGUUCCUGGUUAAAAAGAGGAUCUUCUGAAAUUCUCACAAUUUGUGGAAUGCCAGGGAUCGGAAAAACAACAUUGGCAAAACAUAUGUAUUUGUUGCACUGCCAUGAAUUUGAAACAAGUAGCUUUGUUGAAGCCAUUGGAAGAAGAUGCGCAGAACAUACAUUUUCACUAUUAGAUUUGCAAAAACAGCUUCUUGGAGACAUUCUCAAGAAAAGAAAGAUUGAAGAAAAUAAUGCAGAUAUGUGCACAUCUAAGGUUGAAAAGGCAUUAUCUAGGAAAAAGACAUUUUUGGUUCUUGAUGAUGUUGAUAACUUUGAGCAACUGGAUGUGUUGAUUGGAACAAAAGGUUUUCAUCCAGGAGGCAAGAUUAUAGUAACAACCAAAGAUGGGUCCCUAACAGAAAAGUGUUCAUUGUUUCGUAUGAAAUUCCCUCCAAAACAUACAAAGCAUGCACUUCGUGUCUUAAGUGAUACUGAAUCUGUGAAACUUUUAUGCUGGCAUGCGUUUGGAAACAAUGAUCCCAAGAAAGGUUAUGAGAAAGAAGCACAACAACUUGCAGAGUAUUGUGGAGGACAUCCAUUGGCUCUUAAAGUUUUGGGUAGUUCAUUAAUUAAUAAAGAUGCAUCCAUAUGGAGUGAUGUCCUUGAAAUGUUGGAGGCAAAAGGAUAUUUAACUGAUGUACAAGAGAGUAUACAAAAGGCUCUGCAAAUUAGCUUUGAUUCUUUAUCAGGGGACUGCAAAGAACUUUUUAAGCACAUUGCUUGCUUUUUUGUUGGAAAAGAAAGAGAAGUUACAGAAACAAUAUUAAAGGAAUGUGGGUUUCCAACAUCAUAUGGGAUCAACAAGCUCAUUGAUAGAUGUCUUCUCACAAUUGGAGGAAGAAAUGAGUUGAGGAUGCAUCAAUUGCUUCAAGAGAUGGGGAGAGAUUUAGUCCGCAAAGAAUCACCUGAAAAGCCAUGGAAGCGUAGUCGAGUAUGGAAACAUGAGGAGUCCCUCGAUUUGUUGAAAAAGGACAAGGGUACCCAAAGAAUUCAAGGUCUUAUCCUUGACACGAACUUAUUGAGAAAGGAGCAUAACUUCAAAGAUGAUGACGUGAACAAGAUUUUUAGAGCUGAUCAACCAAUCCAGAUGGUGUAUGAAUUCUUUUUAAGGAUUUGGUUGUUUUUUGCUCGGCUUCUCCUAAUGCUUUCAUCUUCUCAUUGCAAAAAAGUGGAAUUAAGAACAGAUGCAUUAAGAAAGAUGGAUAAGCUAAAGCUGCUCCAACUCAAUCAUGUCAAAAUCGACGGUUCUUACAAGAAUUUUCCAAAAGGUUUAAGGUGGUUGUGCAUGCAUGGAUUCCAUUCAAAAUUCAUACCUUCAGACUUACCAAUGGAAAAUUUGGUUGCUCUUGACAUGUCUUACAGUAAUCUGACACAGCUUUGGAAGAAGCCCAAGCUUCUUGGGUCAUUGAAGAUUCUUAAUCUGAGUUAUUGCAAGAUUGUUAGAGUUGAAGGCUUCUCUUGGCUACCUGCACUUGAGAGGUUGAUUCUUAUAAACUGUAAAAGCUUGGUUCAUGUGUGUGAGUCAAUUGGCGGAUGUGAUGGCCUUGUUAUUCUUGACUUGAGCUACUGCAAUAAUCUUAGUAAUGUUCCAAUUAGCAUCAGCAAGUUAAAGAAGAUUAAACGUCUAUCACUAAACGGUUGCUUAGGUGCUAGUGAGUUUCUAAUGCGGAUGAAGGAUAUGGAGUCAUAUGCAUCUUCCUCUUCUAUUGGAGAAUUUUUACCGAAAACUCCAAAAUCAUUUUUAGUACCCUCAUUAGUAACCUUAUCACUUAUAGGCAAUAAUUUAUCUAACGAAUCCUUUCCGAAGGACUUCAGUAGCAUGUCAAUGUUGAAGACAUUAUAUCUAAAUAAGAAUCCAAUUGAUUCCCUGCCUGAUUGUGUGAGAAGCCUUAGCAAGCUUGAGGAACUCCAUGUUGGAGAAUGUUGGAUGUUGAAGUCGGUAUUGUGCCCUCCACCUACAAUCCAAUAUUUGUGGGCUGACGAUUGUCCAUCACUUAUUAAAAUAACAUUCCCUCAAGAAAUGUCAUCACCACCAUUUCUGGAUAAUUUUGGCGCAGAGUCAUUGAGCUAA